UCAUUCGCCUCUCCGUCAGCCUCCUUUCAAUCGCCAUAUUGGGCAGGGGGGCCGGAGAAGGCGCCCUCCCUCCCUCUUUCCUCGGGGCUCCUUCCUAGCCGCGGGAGCUCCGGCUCAGCUUCUUCCGCCCGCCGCCCGGAGCAAAAACAGGUCCUCCUCCUCCUCCUCCUCCCCCCCCCCGCCGGGCUCGGGCGUCUGGCCGGCGCUUUUCUCUCCUCCUCCUCCUUCUCCUCGUCGUCGUCUGCGGCGGCAGCGGCGGCUCCCGGACCUGCGGAGAGCGCUCGGGCAGCAGCGGCCGCUCCUCAAGCGCUCCCCGCGCGGCUGGGGUUUUCGGAACCGCGCUCGGUGCUCCGUCGCCAGGCGCCCCGCUGCCCGCCUCCCCGACCUCAGCUUAUGCGAGGCUCCGGCCAGCAGGGUUGCUGCGCGCUGUCCGCCCGGGAAACGCUUCCUCGCCUGGGUCCAGCGGAAAGGCCGCCCGCCGCCACCGCCGCCUUCUCGCCGAGCGGGACGCCGAGCACCACCUCACCCGCCGCCUUAGCCCCGCGGCCGGCUGCGCGGCGGGCCAUGUCGAAAGUGCGUGUCUCGAAUGGGAGCCCGACCCUGGAGCGGAUGGAGGGCCGGCCGGCGGACGCCCCCAAGCCCUCGGCGUGCCGCUGCCUCUUCGGCCCCGUCGACCGCCAAGAGCUGGCGCGCGAGUGGCAGGAGCAGAGCCGCCACCUGGAAGAGGCCAGCCGGAGGCGGUGGAACUUCGACUUUCGGCGCGGGCAACCCUUGGAGGGCCGCUUCGAGUGGCAGGCUCUGGACAGGGCGGCGCUGCCCGAUUUCUACAGCCGCCCCCCGCGGCUCGGCGGGGCCCGGCCCAAGGCUGACGGCCGGGAGCGGCGCCUGGAGCUCAACGGAGACCGCUCGCCGCCCAGGGGGCUUCGCUGCGCUCAGGCACCGGCAGAGCAAGAGCCCGAAUCGGAGCCCCAGCAGGACGGGGCCGCGGCGCUAACCCUGAGCUCCGGCCCGAGGAAGCGACCUGCCGCGGAUGAUUCCUCUCCUCAAAGCAAAAGAGCCAACACAACUGAAGAAAUUUCUGAAGAUCCUUCUGAAGAUCCACCCAUGGCCAGCUCAGCAGAACAAACGCCCAAGAAGAAGACACCCAGUCCGAAGCGGUGUCAAACGUAAAUUGGUGGUUGUAGAGAAUUAAGAAUAUUUGUUUCCUUGUAUCUGGAGGAGGCAAAAUGAAGCCAAGAAGAUCCAGCGCUCGCAUCCAUGUACGCACCUGUACAUGUAUGAAUAAAUGAAAGAAAGAAAGAAAGAAAGAAAGAAAACAUAUCAACUGAUUCUCCAUGGGAUGGGGAACACCUUAAAGCACUGAAACAACCUGCAGUGGAAUAACACUAAACCAGGCUGUCUUAAAAGAGCCUGCCUCCUAAAGCAAUGGAUGUAGCAUUCUGCAAUUAGGUUUUCCUCAUUUGCUUCUUUGUACUACCUGUGUAAAUAGUUUUUACAUUAUUUAGCACACAAACCUUUCUCCCCUCUUUUUUUUUGGGGGGGGGAGGAGUUUUGGGGAGGGAUUUUGUUUGUUUUGUGAAAGGGUAGAGCUAAAGGUGAUGGGUUCAAAAAUCUGCUUCCAAACCCCAGGAAGAAAGCAGAUGUGUUUGUUAAAGGAACAUUGUCCCCCCCCCUUUUGUGUGUGUGUGUGUGUGUGGAAGUCCUAGGUAAUAAAAAGAAAUUGGCUUUUGAUCAUAGUUUUCCAGCAGGUUAAUGAAUCCGCUGGUGAAAUUUUAUGUGUCAAGGACACUAUCUGGGAAAUGUUUGCCUGCGAUGACCUCGCUGGAAGAGACAGGAGCUUUGGGGAAGUACCCGAUUUCUAAGGUGGUGUAAGAUGCUUUGAAAUCACAGGGCAAAGUUUUGUGUAGGAGGCUCAGUUCUCUCUGUGGAGCUACAAAAGAGGAACUCUUUUAAGGGGCAUUUUCUCAUACAGGCCUUUUUUUUUUUUGCCUCCUUAUUUUUUAAAAGUCCUGCCCAACAACAUACAUAGCAUAGAGGAGAAAUUAAUAAAUUCUCUACGUCCAAACUCUUUAUUUACUCACUUUUCUGGCCCUUCAUUAAGUGGGUAAAUGAAACAGUAUUUUUUUUUACAUUUUCUGGGUGGGUUUUUUUGUUUUUUGUUUUGAAAAAAAAGUUUUGAAAUGUACCUGUGUACAUAACUGUAAAGACACUGAGAAAUUAUACUAACUUAUUUAUGUUAAAAGAUUUUUUUAAAUCUAGAAGAUAUUUUCCCAGAAAGCCAAAGUGGCACGUGGUUUUUGUGCAUUUGUAAAUGCUCUAUUUGGUAGGGGAUUUUUGUUGUUGUUGUUAGCCUCUGCGGGUAGUUUUGUUUUUGUUAAUUAAUAUGGCUGUGCUUAAAAUGAUUGCAGACUGAGCCAGUUCAAUUUUUUUCCUUUUGUAAUGUGCAAAAAAAA